GCCGCUGCUGUUGGGAAAAUGGUGUCCACAGGUCAUCUGUCAUCAGGGAGGCUAAACCUGGCUCAGAUCCGAGAAAGUUAUGUCAGGGAUAUGUUGAACCUUCUCGAUUCUGUUGGUGGAACGAAGUGCCUUAUAUGGGACGAGGAACUCACCAGUCCUGUGGCGACGGUUAUCGAAUAUCACAUCCUCAAGGCACGUGGCGUUGUAUACAUGAUCCAAUCGUGUAAGAUGGGGAUGGAAAUAGCGACCGUGGCGCAGAACGUCAUCUUCAUUCUUCGACCUCGGAGCAAGUACAUGGACGUAGUCGCAGAUUGCAUCAAACAUACUAAGAACGUGGAUUUCCACAUUUUCUUCGUACCGAGGGCUUCGUUCCCCUGUCAACAAAGACUCGAGAAACUCGGAGUUUUCGGCUCGGUCCAAAUCCAUCAGCUCCUCAUCGAAGUUUUCCCCUUGGAUCCAGAUCUCAUGUCGAUGGACCUGGACGGUCUUUUCCGGGAGUGCUACGUCGAUGGAGAUACAUCCCAGUUGCUAGCUGUGGCCCGAGCACUCAGCAUGCUCCAGUCUCUUUUCGGGGUGAUCCCGUACGUACGUGGGAAAGGCGUCCAGGCCCAACGUAUUCUGGAGCUCAUGGCUCGGCUAAGGAAAGAGCUGUCCGGGAAAGAAAGUCCUCAAGUGGCCCAGAUAGACACGUUGUUCUUGUUGGAUAGGUCCGUGGAUCUCCUCUCGCCGCUGGCAACCCAGCUCACGUAUGAGGGUCUCCUCGAUGAAAUGUACGGGAUCAAGGACAGCUUCAUAAAGUUUCCCGCGGAGGUCAUACCAGAAGAAUUCCAUGUCAAGACUCCCAAUUCUUCGGAGAAGAAGCCGACUACUGUCAUCUUCCAACUCAACUCCUCCGAGGAUCUAUACGUUGCACUUCGGGACAGGAACUUCAAUACGGUGGGACCCGUUUUGAACCAGAUGGCCAAGCAGUUGUCGAAACAAUACGAUGAGAGGCACGAGGCGAAGACGAUAUCAGCAAUGAAAGAUUUCGUGUCUCGCCUCCCGAAGAUCCAGGAGACGAAACGCAGUCUGACGAAACAUUGUACCCUGUCGGAAUUGGUGCAGCAGCGGAUAUCGAAUCCAGAUUUCACAGAGGAUCUCUACUGCGAGCAGGAGUUCCUGAGGGGGGAAUAUGGACCCGACCAAAUUCAUCCUCACAUUGAAAACUGCAUUGCAUUAGGCAGGCCUCUACUCAGGGUGAUCCGUCUGAUCUGCAUGCACUCUCUGACCGCAAACGGAUUCAAACCAAAACUCAUGGAGCAUUACAAGCGUGAAGUGGUCCAUCAAUACGGAAUCGAAACUCUAACACUCCUCAAAAACCUCGAGAAGUGCGGUCUCUUGAAAACCUAUGUCACUUCACAAAAAGGGUAUUCCAUGAUGCUGAAAACUCUGAGGCUCACCGUUGAUAACGUGAACGACAUGGAGCCGCAAGACCCGGCCUUCGUGCACCAGAUGUACGCGCCUCUCAGUGUUCGUCUCUUGCAGUUCUACGGAACACCGGGUUGGCGGGCGAUCACGGAUAUCCUCGAGGUACUUCCCGGGGCAACGAUUGAGGAUUAUCAGCAUGCCGCUGCGACGAAACUUCAACGACGGAAUUCGAGAGAGUCAUUACAAUCCGGUCAUGGAUCAGAAGAUAAAAAGCUAUGCCUGGUGGUGUUUAUCGGAGGCUGUACCUUCGCCGAGAUCACUGCGUUGAGAUGGCUAUCGCAACAGGGAGAUUGCUCGCUCGAGUUCGUUGUCUUGACUACGAGCAUCAUAAGCGGUGACAGAUUCAUCAAGACUCUCAUGUAGAGAUUCGGAGUCAACGACAGGAUCUGGGAACUUGCUACGGUAUACUAAUGUGGGGCAGCGGGCUAUCUACGGAGGCGAUGAGGUCUGCUAUAGAGGAGGGAGUUCUCCGAGGGGAACGGGUUAUUUUUCGAAGCGAUGGAAAGAAUAAAUUAAAAAAAGA